CCAUCGUCUAAUCUCUCUUCCUCUUAUUGUUCUUCCUUUAUAAACGGGAAGAGUUAAUAACUAUAAGGUAUAGGGAAUCCGAUUGGGAUUUUAGCAUUCUGCGAAUAAGCUGAUGGAGAUUAUAGAGAAAAAAGAAGGCGAUGGCAAGGGCUUGAAUGCUCUGCAAGUGGUCGAUCCCUCUGCCGCUUCUGAUAAAGAAGCAGAAGAGCGUGAAAGGCAAUCCCGCGAGCUCAAAAGCGGUUUGCAUCCAUUAAAGCACAAGUUUGCAUUAUGGUACACACGUAGAACACCUGGUGUUAGGUCGCAAGCAUACGAGGACAACAUAAAGAAAAUUGUGGAAUUUAGUACGGUUGAAGGAUUUUGGGUCUGCUACUGCCAUCUGGCACGUCCUUCUUCUUUGCCAAGUCCAACAGAUUUACAUCUCUUCAAGGAAGGAAUUCGUCCUUUGUGGGAGGAUGCUGCCAAUUGUAAUGGUGGAAAGUGGAUAAUACGAUUCAGAAAGGUUGUCUCAGGUCGAUUUUGGGAGGAUCUUGUUCUAGCCUUGGUUGGUGACCAACUUGAUCAUGGGCAUAACAUAUGUGGCGCGGUACUAAGUAUUCGAUUUAAUGAAGAUAUAGUGAGUAUCUGGAAUCGCAAUGCAUCGGAUCACCAGGCUGUGAUGGCUUUAAGAGAUGCAAUCAAACGACAAUUAAAGCUUCCUCACGGCUAUGUGAUGGAAUACAAGGCCCAUGAUGCAUCUUUACGUGACAAUUCGUCAUAUAGAAACACUUGGUUGAGAGGAUAGGGAUAUAUUGGCUUCACUCCUUGUAAUGAGGGUUGGAUUUCAUGCGUUCAGAGGGCUUAGAAGCAUCCAGUGAUUUCUCUGUGGUUCUGUUAUUAUUAUAUGCGCUUCUUUAGUAACUGAAAAAAGAAUCCUUUAAAUUGUCUAGGGGUUUCUGUAUUCGUCAGUAAUGUAUUGGCAAUUUUCUUUUCAA